AUGUCAUACAACAUUGCGAUGGUUAGCGACUUUUUUUUUCCACAACCUGGAGGUGUAGAGAGUCAUAUAUACCAGCUUUCUACCAAAUUGAUCGAUCGAGGGCACAAAGUUAUCAUUAUCACGCAUGCAUAUGAAGGAAGAACUGGGGUACGCUAUCUUACGAAUGGCCUCAAAGUUUAUCAUGUACCUUUUUUCGUCAUCUAUCGAGCUUCAACUUUUCCAACUGUUUUUUCCUUUUUCCCCAUAUUUCGCAAUAUUGUAAUCCGUGAACAAAUCGGCAUUGUGCAUGGUCAUGCUAGUCUGAGCAGCCUUUGCCACGAAGCAAUACUUCAUGCGAGAACGAUGGGCUUGAGAGCAGUUUUCACCGAUCAUUCACUGUUUGGCUUUGCGGAUGCAGCUAGUAUCUUAACAAACAAGUUGAUGAAGUUUACAUUGAGCGAUGUAGACCAUGUAAUCUGCGUGAGCCAUACCUGUAAGGAGAAUACUGUUUUGCGGGCCUCUCUUGAUCCCCUAAUGGUAUCCGUCAUACCUAACGCUGUCGUUGCUGAGAAUUUUCGUCCACUUAAUCACCCUUCAUACUCAUCAGAAACUAGAAAUCAGAUUGCUCCCUCGCCUCAGCCUCUUGGACCAAAUGAUAUUGUUACGAUUGUUGUGAUCUCACGGCUCUUCUACAAUAAGGGAACUGAUCUAUUAGUUGCAGCAAUACCUCGAAUAUUAGCAAAUCAUCCUAAUGUUCGGUUUAUCAUUGCUGGAUCCGGCCCUAAGGCCAUUGAUCUUGAACAAAUGUUGGAAAGAAACGUUUUACAGGAUAGAGUUGAAAUGUUGGGACCUGUACGACACGAGGAAGUGAGAGAUGUCAUGGUUAGAGGACAUAUAUACCUCCAUCCAAGCUUAAGCGAAGCUUUUGGAACUGUAAUAGUUGAAGCAGCAAGCUGUGGCUUAUAUGUUGUCUGUACGCAGGUUGGGGGCAUUCCAGAGGUCCUACCAGCACAUAUGACUGUGUUUGCGAAACCUGAAGAAGAUGAUCUAGUGGCAGCUACUGGAAAAGCAAUCGCUGCACUCAGAGCACACAAAGUACGGCCAGAAAAAUUCCAUGAUCAAGUAAAGACCAUGUAUUCGUGGACAGAUGUUGCCAGGCGCACUGAAAGAGUUUAUGAUGGUAUCUCUGGCGUGUUGAGUGAGUCUGAUUUCUACGGACAUGAUGCUGACCACGCCAAUUGGAGCGCGACAAGGGGACGAGCGGGAAUCCAUAGCUUUGCAUUGAUUGAUCGCUUAAAGAGAUACUAUGGGUGUGGUAUAUGGGCCGGAAAGCUAUUUUGCAUCUGUGUUGUGGUGGACUAUCUCUUGUUUCUAGCCUUGGAGUUUUUGGCACCACGAGACACUAUCGACAUAGCAAGAAACUGGCCCAAGAAAAAAAUCGCAACGGAAGAUUCGACCGAACAUAAAAACUACAAUUAUGGAGCAUUUUAA